ACUGAUGUACGAUCACCAUUGCUUCUAUACAUGUCUAAAAGGUCUAUAGUAGAGCUAACAUACUAUUAAAUCGGUAUUCCAUUUUCAAGGCGUUUCGUUUUUGGAGGAUUCAAAGACAUGGGGAAAAGCAGGGCAGAGCCCGCAUACUACGCGGUGGCUCGUGGACGUAAAACAGGAAUUUUCAACUCAUGGAAUGAUACUGUCCCCAAUGUUUCUGGAUAUCCCAACAGUCGUUACAAAAAGUUCAAAACAUAUGAUGAAGCCAAAGCAUUCUGUGAAUCAGGAGGUAGCUAUAGCGGUCCAUCCAAUUCUUCUUUGACUGAGUCAUUGUAUAGCAAGUCUGUCCGGAAUCCAGCCUUGUAUUCUCCUUAUUCUUAUAAUCGGAAAUCUUCUCUUAUUAGAGAUGGAUCGUCGUCCAAGAACAAAUCGUUUACUAGAAGUCUUCCUUUGGAAACCCCGUAUUCCCAGCCAAAUAGUACGGUUCUUAAACGGACAAGUGUAUCCAAUCCUGAAAUUGUUUAUACCGAUGGAUCAAGUCUAGGAAACGGAAAACACGGUGCUGUUGCUGGCUGUGGUGUAUACUUUGGACCAGGAGACCCCAGGAAUCUUUCUGAACGUCUUCUUACAGGUGAGCAAACAAACAAUAGAGCAGAGCUUCAAGCAAUUAUUCAUGCUCUAGAAAAUACCAGUGGUGACGUUAUUAUUCGUGCAGACAGCAAGUAUUCCAUCCAAGCUCUAACUGUGUGGAAUCAAAAAUGGAAAAAAACAAAUUAUAUGACGAGUUCCUCGACACCGGUCAAGAAUGUUGAUUUGAUUACUCGGGCUACGCACCUUAUGGAAGACAGGAAUGUUCAGUUAGAGUACGUAGAGGGCCAUAGUAGUGACUAUGGAAAUCAGCAGGCUGAUCUUUUAGCUCGAAGGGCUGCUGCUUUAUGAGUUUAUUUACGAUUACUCGUCUAGCUAUUAGAAGUUAUGCAUGCUUACUCUUCACACUCGUGUUUUAAUUUACGCAUAAUAUAAUGGAAGAAUUCAUGAGAAUUCCUUGAUUCCCUAAGAAUGAAUGAAGAAGUAUUCCAUUUAAAUUAUGAUACCUUAAAUCGUUUGAUUAUAUGUUCUCUUUGUGGAUUUUAUAUCCUUUGCCAUCCCAUCUGCUUCGCAUAGUAUUUACUGGGUUUUGUCACCGCUUGUAAACAAAUGAACAUGAUUUUUAUGCUAUUACUGAUUAGUGACAAUGAGGAAAAAUAAUAGAUGAGCAAUCUACUCACUUUUUGAAUAUUUGAAAGCAUUUGUGAAACGGGAGCGAGAUAUUGAGUUAUACAUACUCAGUUACUCAAAAGCAAGAGCUUUCAGUAGUCACCAAAUGUUUAGGUAUCAUUUUUUAGAAAACUAGAAGAAAAAGGAAGUGGAUUUUUUUGAGAUAUUUUAUGUUUAUGGCUGAACACCUUUAUAAUUGAAUCAAGUGAAUCACUUAAAUGUGAUAUACAAAGGUUUGAACAUAUAUCCUUUAUAAAAAUACUCUUUUCUCUUGUCUUGCUUUAAAAGCCAGGAAUGCUUGUACAACGGUAUGAUGAAAUGAUAGGUUCAAGUCUGUUCGAUCUCGAAUGUUUGAUUAAAUGUUCGAGGCUAGGAUUUAUAGCAGUGUCUUGAAGGUUUAGCGGCUUUGUCUUUUCUUUAAAUUACUUUUAAUAUCUUAUUUAUUCACAUACUCUCAACCCAAAAAAAAAAAAAGACUGAUUCCAUUCCCGUUUAUUUAUAAUAUAUUAAAGUUUUAAAGAUAGAAUAGCAAUCUAGUAUCACA